CGACAAGCUGGAUUGCACCGCAAGGCAGUAUAAGACGCGAGUCUCGUUUUCUCCCUCACUCAGCACUCACAGAAUUGACGCAACGUCGUGCAGUUCUGAUGUCUUUUAGCGAGCUGACGAGGAACUCUUUCCAGAGUGGAAUAUCCGCGGCGAAACGAUGGUGCUCGCAGUGGCUCAGCCUAUGCAAGUUGUUCGUGUCCAAACAUCUCACGCAGGUGUCACAUCAGGACGUUGAAUCCGCAUUGAGUAACUCUGUCCUGGCUCUCUUUAGAAACUACCCUGGGGAUCCAGCGCUGAACGCAUACCUGCAGUAUACCAUCCAGGAUGGUAUACUUUCACUCGCGACCUUCAUUUCUACCUUCCUGUCGGCGGCGAGGUCGUUGGAGCUUCAAAACGUGUCGACACUAGACAUGCUCUGCAGGCUAGCACUGGAAUGUCACUACUCCUCCGGCAUGCCUCCAAUAGGUUCCGUCGUAUCGUUUACUCAGCCUUUACCCGUGGUAUUCAGCACGGUCCUGGAUGCUACUGCACUGUUAAGAAUCGCGCACACUCUGCCCCAGACCCACCUCCACCAGUUGACAAACUCUGCUUCGGAACUCUUGAUCCUGCUUUUAUCAACUGUCGGCGAUGUCUCACAGAUACCUACACCACUGGGGAUCAUGUUCCUACAAGACAUGGCCGAAAUGACACCUGCUGGUUUCCGCCUUUCUCCAGCGACAAGACAUGUGUUAGAUCAAUUCACGUUUGCUCUUCACAAUGCGAUCGGCGAUGACGCAGCGCGCGAAACUCAGAUGAUGCACACACUCCAAUUGACUUUUGGGAAAGGCGAUGCCGUCAGCGGAACCUCUAGCGGCAAAGAUAUAAUCACUUGUGGUCUACUCUUGCACAAUCUCGUUACCCAUCGAGCUAGUCAUUUCGGGUCAGGAGAUGGCCGUCGGGCUAUCGUCCUUCUGGUUGCUCUCGUACGCUGGACUGCUUGGACACCAGCAACAUUCUACACGCAGUUGAUGCAAUCCGCGGUCGCCUGCUUCUCCCAAGCCACUUCACAUUCUAGCAGCCGGACUGCUGCACUAUGGCGGGCAUUCAUAGUGGGUCGGCUGCCUCAGCUGUUGUCUAUGUUCGAGAAGUCGGUCGAUCUGGACGGUACUUCCGAAGCUGAUUGGCGCUCAGCCAUGCAGAUAGCAGUUACUUCUCUGUUCCAGCGAGCAGAUCUGCUGAGUAGAUGUGACAGCGUUUAUUGCCACCCAUCUACAGAGCAGAAUAAUCACAGCCACAAUAGUCAACAUAAUCCAGGACAGCCUUUUAUGACAGAAUUGCUGCACCAGCUGUUGGCCGUCGGUUUGCUCGAGCAAGCGGUGGUUUCAAGCUUUAAUCCAAACCUUCAGAACGAUUUCCACUCUCGUAUGCAAACGGAAGCUCAGGAGCACGGAUCCGACCUAGAGUCGUAUCUGGAGUCGCGCUUCAGCACGGACAUGAAUGUCGACGACGCUAUGCCCAUACUCGAGAAGAUAUGGAAAGAUCCAUGUAGCCACGCGGCGUUUGCUGACAUAGCCAAAAAGCGCUUCAAGUCGUACUCGUCUUCAAAUGACAUUGAAUCGCUCGGCCACAUGUGCAAGAUACUUUAUUCCCAUGAGCACUCCCUCGAGAUUCUGUCACUUCAUGUCACGAUACAAGAUUUACUGUCCCGAGCCCUCGCUAUCGUCGAAGACUAUGACUGUGAGACUGUUGGCGAUCCACAAGCGGCUGUUAGUCACUAUGGCAAUGUCGUCUUAUUCGCACAGACGGCUCUCAUCAAAUUUAACCUCGAAAAUUCGAAGUUCACUUUGGGAGAAAGGACCUUGUCAACUGAUCUUCUCAACUCUGCAGCAUAUAUGCGUCGACCUGACGAGCUUGAGGGCGAGGACGAGGCAGCUUUUAAGAGCUGGCAGAAGACUUUAUUCGAUACCGGAAGCGAAGGUAUCGAGGAUUCAAUUCUGCGUAAUACGCGACCGCAUAGCUUGCUGCGAAUAGCCGCGACCUUACUUCUCGGUUCUAUCAAUGCAUACUCUAGCAAAAAGCUAGACAAGGAUGCCUUGUACAAUGGCGUCUCGUAUUUCCAGAGUCCUUUACUCAAUUGGACGACGGCAGGGGUGAUCAGGGCGCUCUUGCGGGAGAUUAAGCAGAGAGCUGUCGCCGUAUCACCUCACAUCGAGAUACUUCAAACAUUGCUCCAGUCACCUUCGUGUCCUGGACCCGUCUUGAGAUUAUCUGCGCACCAAGUUUUACGGACGCUUCCUCCGAAAACCACGCCGCAACCAUCGCAAUCUCCGAUGAAGGCUUUCGAUCCCAUGCUACUUCGCAAGCUGGCGUUGCAAGCAUUGGGCCUUCCAGCACCAGCAGAAGAGGACGCAGCGACAGAGCCGCCUCGGCCGCAGCCGCUUCAGAUCACCGACCCUGUGGUUCAUGCCAUACGUGGAUCUCUCAAUGAUGCCCGGACGGGUAAAGCACCCUCGCUGGACGUCGAGCGGUGUCUCCUAUUCACCAACCCGAUCAAGUUCCUGACCGUCUUUUGGAUGGAGCUCACGCUGGCGUCCGCAAUGGGCGAACUGGAAGCCCCGCGCCGCCUUGCAACGUUUGUCCUCGGCACGCCUCGAGCACCACAAUCGCCGCCGCUGCUCCCGGUAUUCCUGCACGUCGUUCUCCCGACUAUCAUUGCUUCCGCCGACAACCUCGCUCCCGCCGAACAGACCAUCAUGGUUGAGCUGAUAGUCGGCAUCAUCUCCAGUGCCUUGACCGCAGCAUUAUUCGUCGAGUGGGCACUGCUCUCGGUGUGCAAGGAGCAAAGGCUGGUGCUCGGUCAGCCGGCUUUGACGAUGGCAAGACGGCUGAGCGGGGAGCUAAGAAAAGCACACAGUCCAACUAGUACGGUGAUUAUGCAGCGCCUUGGGGCCUCCUCCUCGUUCAUGGCUAACUUUCCCACUUUCAUGACUGAGUGAGCCAAGAAUAAAGACAUAGCAGUGUUACUAAGAUACGUAACUACAGCAGGGGUACAGCGCGAUUGAUAUACACCAGUAGAGUCGGCAUCCGUACCCAUUACAGCUCUUGAAAGCGUGACACCGGUUUUAAACAUCGGGUGCCGAUGGUGGCGCUAACGUUUUUCAUGAGAUGGUGUAAUUAAAGUACGACAACUGCGACGUACGGCAACAAGCAUUUUCAGCGACGCAAGUCUGGUCUCGGGGGCAGAGGAUGAGACAACUGGUGUCUGUCGAGGUCUGACGGUGCAUUGGUGUAAGCGGGAUGAGGUAACACGUUGCCUCAGCCACUACGCACCUUCAAGUGCUCCUCAGGGGGAGAGUUACAGGCAUGAUACUCAGGCUGUAUUGUGCUCGAAUGAAUGCCACGCUCGUGCAGCGCCUUCCUUAUCUUGGCUGCAACUGGCAUGAAGUCGUGGUUACGUGAGGCCAUCACAUGUACGGAGGCCACAAUUUUGUUCUCUGACAGCUGCCAAACAUGUAACUCAUGCAGCGAGAGCACACCAUCGACCGCAAGUAUAGCAGCGCGGACUUCAUCAAGGGACACCGUUGGUGGGACACCUUGCAGCAAGAUGAACGAGGUGCUGCGUACUGUGCGAAUAGUACCGUAAGGACUGAAUGAGUCUAUGACCGCGAGGACACGCACCAAGGGGAAGAGCAGACGAGAAGAUGAUAACGGUGAUUACCAAGCUGAUGACGGGAUCGAAGUAAUACUUCCAGCUCCAGUGGCUAAGCCAGAUAACGAGACCUGUAGCGAUAACGCCAACGUUCCCAAGAGCGUCGCCAAAGACAUGUAGCAGAAGUGCGCGCAUGUUCAUCGACCCAUGACCAUGACCGGGACCGGCAGAAUGCGAGUGGUCUUCAUGCAAAGAAUGCGGGACCGAUUCAGAGGACGGACUUGACGUGAGCAGAGGAGUGCGUUCGUCUAAACGAGAAGGAGACGAGAUUGACUCUACGGGCAUGUAAGACGCAGAACUGACUGCCAUCGCAUCGUCGCGGUGAUCUUCGUGCUCGUGGCCUGCAGCUCUCGAUCGGGACCGACUACCGCGAGAGAGCUUCUUGCUUGGUAUGGUUGGAGAGCCUGCUUGUGCAAUUUCCUGAGCUGCUUGGACCAUAGAUUGCCUAGUAGCUGCGGGAUGUCCAUAAAGCGAGGAGUAGGAUUCGGACCGAGGACGCGACUUGCUGCGCUUCCGCACAUCUGGCGAAGUAGCUCGCGGCGUAAGGUCGGCGUCGCUACCGCUACGGCUGCGGAGGCUGGGUGUAGGAGAGGUGGACGCAAGAGAAGCGCUCAUACCGUGACCGUGGUCAUGGCUGUGUUCUAUGGGUCAAAUU